AGUGAAUAUCGACUUUGAUUUCGAUAUAUUGCGGUAAAGUGGCGUUGUUUUUGGUUUGUGAGGAAGCGGUAGUUCUGUUCUUUUAGUAUUGCAACGAGAGUGCUAUAGUAAUCAUAAGAAAUGUCGUCACUUUUAAACAAGCCAAAGUCUGAAAUGACACCAGAAGAGCUGUCAAAGAGGGAAGAAGAAGAAUUUAGCACUGGACCAUUAUCAGUUUUAACUCAGUCGGUGAAAAACAACACGCAGGUACUCAUAAACUGCCGCAACAAUAAGAAGCUACUUGGUAGAGUGAAAGCCUUUGAUCGUCAUUGCAAUAUGGUGCUUGAAAAUGUUAAGGAAAUGUGGACAGAAUUACCUCGAACGGGUAAAGGAAAGAAAAAGGCAAAGCCAGUAAACAAAGAUAGAUUCAUAUCAAAAAUGUUUCUGCGAGGGGAUUCAGUCAUACUGGUUCUUCGGAAUCCACUUGCUACAGCAGCUGGAAAGUGAAUAAGUGUAUAAAAAGUGGGACUGGAGUGUGUUGUUUCUGUGGAUUUCAGGACUUGGAGACAUAUUUUGACUAAUUUUUAUUCAGUCUGUACAAACUCCAUUCAUCUAAUAAAUAAUUUGAAUACAGUA